CUCGAUGUACAGCAUGAUGAUGGAGACCGACCUGCACUCGCCUGGCGGCGGCGGCGGCGCCCAGGCCCCCACGAACCUCUCGGGCCCGGCCGGGGCGGGCGGCGGCGGUGGAGGCGGCGGCGGGGGCGCGAAGGCCGGCCAGGACCGGGUCAAGCGGCCCAUGAACGCCUUCAUGGUGUGGUCGCGCGGGCAGCGGCGUAAGAUGGCCCAGGAGAACCCCAAGAUGCACAACUCGGAGAUCAGCAAGCGCCUGGGUGCGGAGUGGAAGGUCAUGUCCGAGGCGGAGAAGCGGCCGUUCAUCGACGAGGCCAAGCGGCUGCGCGCGCUGCACAUGAAGGAGCACCCGGAUUACAAGUACCGGCCGCGCCGCAAGACCAAGACGCUGCUCAAGAAGGACAAGUACUCGCUGGCCGGCGGGCUGCUGGCGGCGGGCGCGGGCGGCGGCGGCGCAGCCGUAGCCAUGGGCGUCGGCGUGGGCUCCGCGGCCGUGGGCCAGCGCCUGGAGAGCCCGGGCGGCGCGGCGGGCGGCGGCUACGCGCACGUCAACGGUUGGGCCAACGGCGCCUACCCGGGCUCAGUGGCCGCCGCCGCAGCGGCCGCGGCCAUGAUGCAGGAGGCGCAGCUGGCCUAUGGGCAGCACCCGGGCGCGGGCGGCGCGCACCCGCACGCGCAUCCGGCGCAUCCGCACGCGCACCACCCGCACGCGCACCCGCACAACCCGCAGCCGAUGCACCGCUACGACAUGGGCGCGCUGCAGUACAGCCCCAUCUCCAACUCGCAGGGCUACAUGAGCGCGUCGCCCUCGGGCUACGGCGGCCUCCCCUACGGGGCCGCCGCUGCCGCCGCCGCCGCCGCCGCGGGCGGCGCGCACCAGAACUCGGCGGUGGCGGCGGCGGCGGCGGCGGCGGCCGCGUCGUCGGGCGCGCUGGGCGCGCUGGGCUCGCUGGUGAAGUCAGAACCGAGCGGCAGCCCGCCCGCCGCGGCGCACUCGCGGGCGCCGUGCCCCGGGGACCUGCGGGAAAUGAUCAGCAUGUACCUGCCGGCGGGCGAGGGCGGCGACCCGGCGGCGGCGGCGGCGCAGAGCCGGCUGCAUUCGCUGCCGCAGCACUACCAGGGCGCGGGCGCGGGCGUGAACGGCACGGUGCCCCUGACGCACAUCUAGCGCCC